AGCGCCCACACGCUGAAAGCUCCGCAAUCCAGACUCCAGACCAGAGCAGAGAAGCAGCACCGGACAGGCUCCCCAUGCUCACAAACGCACCAUCCGAACCGUUUCUUCACCCCCGUGGACACUAAGUCCCGCAGCUCUGCCGGGAUGGAUUUCUUGGACAUGCGCUCACCUUAUGACUACACCUUUAAUUUCUGGAACGACUACCUCGGUCUGUCCACGCUUGUCGCUAAAAACAAGAUCAACAGCCCGUCCUGCAACCCCAACUCCAUAACGGAGUCUCUGAAAGCGACCCUGGGUUUGGAGGACGACUCUCCGGUCUGCUCCUGCCUGGUGGGGCAGGGCAGAGACGCAGACGGACCCCUGGACGGUUGCUGCUGCUGCUGCUGCGGGGCGGCCCCGGGCUCCCCGCCGAUCUCCAUCUACGACCUGAAGGAGCGCAUCUCUCUCCUCAGACCGUACGAGCAGCUGGGGGGCAGAGAGUGCCCCUCCCACGGAGGGAGCUUCAGCGCCCUCGACCUGUUCUCCGCGGAGCGCGUCCGGCGCAAGCAGACCCAGAGGGGCAAACCGGAGCCGAAGGUGUGCGUCUUCUGUCGGAACAACGGCGCGCCGGAGGAGGUGUACGGCACGCACAUCCUGAAGACGGCGGACGGGAGGGUCCUGUGCCCGAUCCUGCGGGCGUACACCUGCCCGCUGUGCAGCGCCAACGGCGACAACGCGCACACCAUCAAGUACUGCCCGCUCUCCAAGGACCAGGCGAGCCAGAGGGCGCCCAAGGGGGGCAGAGCGUUCGGCAAAAGACUGAAGAUCUUCUGAGCGAGAGCAGCGGCCACGCUGGAGUUGCACUGUUUGGAGUCACUAAUGCGGAGAGAACGACUUGAAGAAAAAUACGUUUCCGUUUUUUUUGGUUUUUUUUUUGUUUUUUACUAUAUGUCACAGCUUUGUUUGUAAAUGCUUUGGUCUAUACUGUAACCGUAUGAGCACAUAGUUUACACUCGGACGCGCCGUGCGUCAUAGUCGCCCCCCCCCCAGCACUCUAAAGAUAAGAACCAAAGUACUGUCCAGCUCGACCUGUGAAUGACCACUUCCACGCUGCCGUGGGGGAAAGUUUUGAACAGACAGCCCCGUGCAUGCACCUCAGCUCAUGACACGCCAGCGUAAGUGAAUGUGCAGCUCUCUUCCUGCCAGGCCAACGGCUGCUGUCCACUGGUCUGUGGAGGUGGGGGACCCAUGACAGGGGGCCCAAGAUGCAAACACUUCCUGACAUUCAGCACAUAUUUUCCUGAGAUACGCGUUUUCUACCAAAGGAAUACACUUUUAUAUAUAGAAACUUAUACCGCAAGGGGAUUUUAUGGACAGUUUCCAUGUUGGAUGUCUUAUAUUCUAUAUGUGAGUGGCAGUGAUGAUAAAAUUAAAGCUAACUGGACAACAAAGGACAAUACCUGACAUGCAAUUCUGGCCAAACUAGUUCAUUUUUGUCCAAGAAAAAAAAAAAGAAAAAAAGAAAUCCGAUUGUUUUUUUUUAAUGUGGAAAUGUUGAUUCUUGUAAAUGUAUAAAUAAUUUUAGAAAUGAAAAGCCUGACAUUCCAAAGUCUUUACGUGUCAAUAGAAACGUUUUAUGUACUUAUUUUUACCUUAUGUACCACUGGGGGAUAUAUUCACUGUUAAAGACACAUAAAUAAACAUGUGAUUUGCAGAUAA